AACGCACACACACACAAAAAAUGGCCAAACAGCAAUACGCCUGGAUUGGAGAUUAGAAAUUGUGGCCCUGUCUUAGAGGAUCAGCUUUAGGGAUAAAUCUCAGACGCAAAACCCACUCCACAUCAUUCACCAUUCAGGAGCUCCAGAGCCAAGAAGGGAAAAGGCAAUUGUUUACAAAACAUCUCCGCAGAGCCACUCAGGAGGUAGAAGCGAUGUAUGAGUUCUUGAGUAACAGCUGUCCCAGCACAUAUGCAUUGGGUACGUUUGCGAUUCUGUGGGUUCUGGUAUGGUUCUACCGGGACAACCUAAAGAUCACUAGAGUCUCAGAAAAACAUGUGUUUGUGACCGGUUGUGACUCUGGUUUUGGUAACCUACUGUGCAAACGUCUGGACAAACGUGGUUUCCGCGUCCUAGCCGGGUGUCUUACGGAAAAAGGCGCAGAUGAUCUGAAAAGAGCCGCAGGACCUUUCUUGAAGACCUGCAUUUUGGAUGUGACCAGCUCGGCUAGCAUCCAGAAGGCUAUGGAAUGGACCAAAAAAGAAGUUGGAGAUAAAGGACUUUGGGGUUUGGUGAACAACGCCGGACGUUCCCUUCCAAUGGGUCCAUCGGAGUGGAUGAAAAUCGAGGACUUCGAAAGCACGCUCAAAGUCAACAUGACUGGUGUGAUCGAGACCACCAUGACCUUCUUACCACUUGUGAAAAAGGCCCGUGGACGGGUUGUAAAUGUGGCGUCGGUGUUGGGUAGAGUUGCAGCUAAUGGCGGCGGGUAUUGCAUCUCGAAGUUUGCAGUGGAGAGUUUCUCCGACUGUCUCAGGAGGGACAUUCAGGGUUUUGGGGUCAAUGUUUGCAUCAUCGAACCUGGUUUCUUCAAGACGCAGGUGACCAGCCUGGAGCCCAUCGAGAGGGAACUUCAUCGUCUCUGGAACCAACUGACUCCUGAAGUGAAGGAGAGCUACGGAGACAAAUACUUGGAUAAAUACAUCUGGAUCCAGAGGCUGAUCAUGAACGCCAUCUGCGACUCUGACCUCAGUAAAGUGACCAACUGCAUGGAGCACGCUCUGCUAGCCGUCCACCCAAGAACUCGCUACAGCGCUGGCUGGGAUGCCAAGUUUUUGUGGAUCCCCUUGUCUUAUAUGCCUGCUUGCUUUGUCGAUAUUGCCUUGAAGCUGGUGAUGCCAAAACCAGCAAAAGGUGUUUAAAUUUGGAGUGCGGUUAAAAAAGGUUAUUUUAGACCAGAAGCUCUUAAACUCUUACUAUUGGUUUCUUUCUUAUACACUGGAUGCCGCUUCAUUUUGGGGUUUUGACUAGAUGACUGUGAAUUUAGUUAUGUAUUUAUGAGAUCUAAAUUUAUAUAUUUAUGAAUAAUUAAGUGUGUCCAUAUUACUUUCAACACCUUGCCCUUAUUUCUUGUUUCUCAAUGGCAUUUAUUUCUCUUGCCUAAUAAGUGACUUUUGCCUGAACUUGCCUUAAGUCAAAUCAAAUAUUCAUCACUGUUUCUGACAUAAGUAUUUGCUUCACGGUGAAACAGAUGUAUUGCCAUUAAUUGUUUGAAAGUGUCAGUUGCUGGUUUUCACAUUGUGCCACAUUAACUAUUAAAUGGAGUACACAUAAGUGUAAGAAUGUACAAAUUCAAUAAACUUUCCAAAAAAAAAAAAAAAAA